AUGGAAGAGAUGUCGGGUCUUAUGCAAACGACAUCGAGGUCGGAGAGUGAGAAUCAUUUUUUUGGUCAAGUGUGCAAUUCGAAAGCUACUCUUGUUGAGUUCAUGGCUCAUUACGAAAUUGCAAUAGAAGCACAACGUCACACGCACCGGAAAAAUGAUCAUGAAUCUCGAUACAAACGACCCCACUUGAAGAGCAAUUACCAAUUGUUGGAAGGCCAAGCUACUGACAUAUACACAAAAAGUAUUUUUUGUGACGUUCAAGCUGAGCUCAUUGGAAUUGCAGAUUGCAUAAAUCAACGUUACGAAGAUCAGCCCGAUAGACAAACAUUCUCUACAUGGCGUUAUAGAGAUAUUGUUUUUGACGUUUUUUCAGACAUAUUGAGAAUUAUGGACAUUAGGAAAUUUCCAAAACAAUACAUUUUGAAUAGAUGGCACCAAGAGGCUUCCCCAAACUGCUCUCCUGAAUACUCAAUUAGUCGUGAAUAUAUGACCGAGUUUGAUCCCGAUGUGCAAAGUAUGAUGCGAGAUAUUAUUUUUUCAACGGAAUAUAGUUUGAACCAUUUAUCUGGUAAUAAAGAGGAGCUAUCUUUAUACAACGAUCAUGUUCAAACUUAUAUGAAGAAGGUUCAAGAUAUGCAGAUUGUUGCUCCUCCCGCUAGUACUAGGGAUAGAUUUGCCGAGAAAACCGGUCAAUAUAAAAACGACAAGAAUCCGAUAAGUGUCCCUGUUGGGUAUAAAACCAAAGGUUCUGGUUCUCGGAAGUGCCUGAAAUCUAAACAGGAGAUAGCAAUCGAGAAAAAGAAAUCAAGAUCGAAACCUGGGGCCAAAGAAAGACAGUGUCAGAACUGCAAAGGCUAUGGACACUACGCAUCGACAUGCAAACAGGCCGUAAUUAAAAGAAGAUCGACAAGGUCUUCGAGAGCCAGUGAAGAGUAG